AUGGGUUUCGGUGGCCCUAGAGGAGGACGCGGUGGAGGCGGCGGCUUCGGUGGUCGCGGUGGUGGUCGCGGUGCUCCCCGUGGCGGCGGUGGUGGCCGUGGUGGUGGUCGAGGUGGCUUCGGCGGUGGUGCUCCCCGUGGCCGUGGAGGAGGCGGUCGUGGUGCCCCUCGCGGUGGCCGUGGUGGCCGUGGCGGUCGCGGUGGUGGUCGCGGAGGUGCUCAGGGUGCUAAGGGUGGCGCCAAGGUUAUCAUUGAACCCCACCGUCACGCCGGUGUCUUCGUCGCCCGCGGCGGCAAGGAAGAUUUGCUCGUUACCAAGAACUUGACCCCCGGCGAGGCUGUCUACGGCGAGAAGCGCAUUUCCGUCGAGGGCCCUGCCGGUGAGGAUGGCGCCGUCACCAAGACCGAGUACCGCGUGUGGAACCCCUUCCGUUCCAAGCUGGCUGCCGGUAUCCUCGGUGGUAUGGACGACAUCUUCAUGCGCCCCGGCUCCAAGGUUCUGUACCUUGGUUCCGCCAGCGGUACCUCCGUCUCUCACGUCGCUGACAUUGUCGGCCCGACUGGAAACGUCUACGCCGUCGAGUUCUCGCACCGUUCCGGCCGUGACCUGAUCGGCAUGGCCACGCACCGCACCAACGUCAUCCCCAUCGUCGAGGACGCCAGACACCCGCUGCGCUACCGCAUGCUCGUGCCCAUGGUCGACGUCAUCUUCGCCGACGUGGCCCAGCCCGACCAGGCCCGUAUUGUCGGCCUGAACGCCCACAUGUUCCUCAAGCAAGAGGGUGGAGUCAUCAUCUCCAUCAAGGCCAGCUGUAUCGACAGCACGGCCAAGCCGGAAGUCGUGUUUGCGCGCGAGGUGCAGAAGAUGCGAGACGAGAAGAUCAAGCCCAAGGAGCAGCUGACGUUGGAGCCCUUUGAGCGAGACCACUGUAUCGUUGCUGGUCUCUACAAGCGUUCUGGAUAA